AGGAGUUUUCCUGCGCUAUUCGAGCGGAAGAGAAAACUUUGUUUUCAUAGAAGGUGCACCUUUGUUGUGCAUCUCCAUUCACUCAUUUUUCGGCAUCGUUGUCAUCCACGCAGCUAAAAAGAAGGUUCAAACAGCAAAUAUCAGUUGUACGGCAAACAAACAGAAAAAAUGGCGAUCCAGGACAUCUGCAAUCGCUUCCCGAAGAAGUAUCAGGUUCUCAUCAUCUUCAUCGUAUUCACGACAAACAAUGGUUUCGCCUGGCUUAUGUUCGAGCCGGUGGCGGAGUGGCUCAAAAACAAUGUGCAUGGCAUGACAAGCCGCCAACUGCAGCUGCUCUCGUCCUGGCAGCCCCUUGUCUUCCUCUGCACAUGCAUCCCGAUCAUGAAGUUGGUCACCCGUUACGACGGCCUGCGACUUGCCGUGCGCAUCGGCACCGCCGCGGAGAUCAUCGGUGCCGUGCUGAAGCUGAUCGGCGCCAUCGCGAAAGGCAGCACCGCCGGUCUCGUUUUUCUGCACAUGGGUCAGAUGUUCAGCGGUGUCGGCUCGCCCGUGGCGACGGGGUGCGUGUCGGCGCUGUCUGCCACCUGGUUCGAGCCCGAAGAGCGUACGCGUGCCACCGCCGCCGCCGUGCUGUUCAACAGCGUUGGUAAUUCGCUAUGUUACCUCUUCGUGCCGUCCAUGACGAAGGGCCUCGGGUUUUUCUCGGUGACGAUGUACGAGGUGAUAAUGGCAGUCAUCGCGUUGGGUCUGGCGUGGGUCAUCAUGCCGCAGGAGCCCGAGUCGGAUGGCGAGGCGACGGAGGCGGCGGCAAUACCUCAAGAGAACACGCACAGCAACGCCGCCAGCACGCCGGCCCCGGAGAAGCCCGAGGGCGACAUGCUGGUCCACACGAAGGAGCACUCGUCGCUCAUCACGCAGCUCAAGACCCUCUGGAGCAUCCCGUCGUGCGUGUGUCUGCUGUCCGUGUACGCCUGGCUGAGCGGCGGCUUCUCCGCUUGGAUUUCCCUCUUUGCGGACACGUACUCGAAGUUCUACUCCGAGCAGUUCAUCGGCAUCAUGAGCUUCUUCGGUAUGAUUGCCUACGUGGUGGGCGGCAUUGCCUCCUCCUACGUGGUCGACCUCUAUUUCUCGCGUCAGAUGAAGUACGUUAUCUUCUUCUGCAUCACAAUGAACACGCUGUGCAACCUCAUCUUCAUCGCCUGCACCCCGAACGACAAGAGUUACUCCCUCUGGAACCUCGGCCAGGGCUUUAUUGUCCUCUCCACCGCUAUGUGUGGCUUUUGGAACGGCGCCGCCGCUCCUCUCUUCUACGAGCUCGUGGCAGAGAUUUCGUUUCCGGUGGAAGAGGGCGUUAGCGGCAUUUGCAUUUCGGUUAUGGAGAACGUCGGAGCGCUGGUCUUUUAUCAGAUCGUCUCGCGCUUCUUUACGGGUCAGUCGAUGAGUGUCGCCUACUCGUUCGGCAUGACUGUCGCCGUGGCCGUCUCGGCGGCUGUGAAGCAGCGCUACAACCGCACGUACCACGCGUACCUGCUUCAGAACGCUCACGAGGAGGAGUAG